GGGGCGAACAAGGAGAUGCGUCGGAGCCUGAGCCUGGCGGAAUCACCCUGGCAGCCUGGGCGGCGCACGGAGGUGGAUCUGCACGCGGCAGGCGAAGGGGCCGUGCUUUCUCCUGGUAUGAAGCAGCUUCCGUUUCAGUUCAGCCGAAGGGACCCGGCGCUGAGGUCUCGCCGGCCCACAGGCAGCGCCUUCCUGGACAGGGCUGAAGGCAGCGUUCCCGGCUGUGCAGCAGAUUGGUGCGUAGGGUGUGACCGAGAGGAGAGCCAGGAGGAGGAUGACAUCUGCUCUACCUGCGAGGCUCAGCUGAGUUACCGGGAGCAGCGUCGGUACGACGGGCCGGACCUUGCAUUGCUGGGGCAGGAGCUGGUGCAGUAUUAUUCCUGCGGGGAGGAAGAGGAGGAUGGGCUGGAUGCUGGUCCUUGGCUCUCAACCCAGUCCCCUGUGUGUAGUUCCCAUGAGAGCUUGCUUCUGUGCUCUCCCGGGAGCGGAGGCCAAAUCCGGGCUUGUUGGGCCAGCAAGGAUCUGGGCUUGAGCCCCUCGCUAUUCUCCUCUCCUGGACGGCUGCUUCCCGGGCACGUUCUGCAGGAGGGGCCAGAGGAGCUGUCCCAAGGUUUGUUUGAGGACAUGUGUCUGAGCCCAGACUCGGCUGGUUCCUCUGACAGCCUGACUGGGACCCUGCUGAGAAAGACGCUUCCGGACACUCCGCUGAACGCCCGCAACCUCUUCCAGUCCGCCUUCUCGCUGGACCAUUGCUACCUCUCCUACAGCGAGGCGAGUAAAACCGACUCCAGCCCCAGCUCGGGAGUGACGGAGUUCAUGGGGGUGUGGAGCGGGCAGCUCCUCCAGGAGGGUUCCAGCCCCGGACCGGCUCGCUCCGUGUCCUCCAGCGACGAGAACAGCGACAGCACCUGGAUCCCUUACAAGCGGACGAAGCCGCUGCCCGCUGCCGGCCGGAAGAGGAAGAAGGAGGAAGGCGGGCGGCAGCCGGAGGCCUCCGGCAGGUCCCGGUCCCCCUUGCAGCUGAAGAAGAAAUGCGUCAAUGGUUUUAUCAUGUUCUGCCGGCUGAAUCGCAAGCAAUACAUCCGCGCCUGCCCGGGGAUGGCGUCCACCGCAGCCACCAGGGAGCUGGCACAGCUGUGGCGCACCAUGACGAAGCAGGAGCGGAGGCCGUACUGCGUCAAGGCCCGGCGGUUCAGCAGGCUGAACAACCGCAUCGUGAAGCAGGACUUCUCCAGCGGGGGAGAGGAGGAAGAGGAGAUGGAGGCUCCUAAGCCGUUUCAUCUGCUGCUGGCCGAGAAAUCCCUCGGCUCCCGGGACCUGGGACCGCCAGCCGCGCCCCGCUCGCUCCAUCACCCAGCCCUGGAGUCGGUGUGACGGACGGCAACACAGGGCCCCUCCCACCCGGCGUGCUGGGGCCCCCAUCCCCUCAUGUGGCAUCUCUCCUUUCCUUUGGAGACGCCUGUUGUUCCAUCGAAAUGAACAAGGGUGCUUGGAACGGGCACGGGCUACACCGUGCGUGUUGCCGUUGGGAGACCAGGCUGUGGGGUUUGUAGACCGGCCUCUUGUUUAGCUCUGGCAAGGAGAAAUUGUGUGUGGGUGUGGAGGGGCGGCUCAUGUUUUUAAUUAAAACCCUAUUUAUUCUGAUAGUUUUCCGCCAUAACUACACGCCGCUGUGCCAGUCAGAGAGCACCGACCCCGGGCUGGCCGUAGAUCAGUUCCAAACUGCCCUGUCCAACCAGCUAAGGGAGGGUUGCUUGGGCACAGGGGUAGCCAUGGUUAAGUGAAGGAUUGGAGGAACCCCCCCCCCCCCCCCAAAAAAAGAAAACCAUCUCCACCAAUUCAGGCCAGACUUGUAUUAGAUUCUGUUCGUUGCUGGAAUAGUUUGAUUGACAGCUGUUGUAUGUAUGUAUUUAUUUAUUUAUUGGUUUUA